AUGCGCAUCCCCUACGUCCCGAACCCGCCGCAGCCGACGACGGAGGACGAAGCAGCGAUCGUAGCGCGGAUCUCGGCGCGGCGGGCGCCGCGGCCGCUGCAGCCGCUGGACCUGGCGCUGCUGCACUCGCCGGCGGUGGCGGACGGGUGGAACAGCUUCCUGGGGGCGAUCCGGACGCGGGCGGCGGCGGUGGGGGCGCGCGAGCGCGAGAUCGCGAUAUGCAGGGUCGCCGCGUGCAACGGGGCGUGGUACGAGUGGGCCCACCACGAGCCGCUGGCGAGGGCGGCGGGCGUGAGCGAGGUGGGGAUGGGGGUUGUGGGGAGGGAGGUUUUGGUGGCGGAGAGGGAGGGGGAGAUUGAUAAAGGGGAUUUGUCGGACAAGGAGUGGGCUGUGUUGAGGUACGCGGACGAGAUGACGAGGAAUGUCAAGGUGUCGGAUCAGACGUUCGAGGCGCUGAGGGAGCUGUGCAGCGAGAGGGAGGUUGUUGAGAUUACGGCUACUGUUGCGGCGUAUAACUGCGUUAGUCGUUUUCUAGUCGCGUUGGACGUCGGCGAGAAAAACGGUACCGGACCUGAUGGUACUAAACACUGA